GUUCACGGACGGACGAGAAAACGUCGCCAAACGUAAGAAAAAGCUGCUGGUUUUUAUCGAGACGUUUCUAAAAUGCAGUCGCUCAAAGUGUUUCUCACCGAGCGGCUGGCGGCUGCGGCGGAAGAGAUUUUUGCUGCUGUGGAAAAGACAAUUACCGAAUACAAAGAGGAGAUUUGUCUUGCAAAGGAUUUAGAAAUCAGCCGUCUUCGAAUGCAGUUGAAGAUUCUCAGAUCAGACACCCGGGUGGACAGAUGUUCUCCUGCAGUCCAUCUUCAGCAGCAUCAGUCAGCAGCUGCCAUGCCUGCUGUGGAGGCUCCUGAGCCAGAGCACUGUGAUGAGGACGGAGGCCCCAGUUUGGAGCCAGAGCACCCAGAGGCCUCUCAGGUCAAGAAGGAGCAGCAGAGAGGCCACAGGGACUUCUGGAUGUCUCACGAGGAGGAGCAGCUCGAUUCUCUUGAGCCAGACAUAAAAGACUUCAUCUCACCUCCUUCCCGUCUGAAAAGCAGCUUUCAUGACCCGGCCUCCUUAGUGUUUCAUCACUAUCAUGGUAACAGUGAGGAGAGCAGGGAGAAACCUUACAGCUGCUCCGUGUGUGAGAAGCGUUUCAGUAACUGUUCGCACCUUGCAGCUCACAUUAGGACUCACACAGGUGAACGGCCAUACAGAUGUGAAAUAUGCAGAAAGACUUUCAUCACCACCAGUGCUCUGAACAGACACCAGACCAUCCACACUGAAGGCAAACACUAUGUGUGCAAUUAUUGUGGUAAAUCCUUCAAAUGGAUGGAGUCUCUGGGCAGGCAUGUAAGAAGUGUGCAUAAGAGGGACAAUAUGUCGGUAUGACUAAACCGUGUGAUAUGAUUUCAGGAUGAAAAAUUAUAUACACAUAUAACAAGUACAAAUAAACUUUAUAGUCUGUUUUGAUUUGGCCAUAUUGUGUAUUUUGUUAGUAAAUGUGCAUUGAACCAUGUUUAACUCUUAGUGUGUGCUCAUAAACACUAUUUUCACAUUAUGUGCAAAUAAAUUGUAGAAAUACACUCACUGAACCGAUCUUUUUUUAAAACAUAAUGACAGUCUCUGCUGAAGAAUUAAAUGAAUGUUUAUGUAGUCUUCUGCUCCAAUUGCAUAAAAAAUGAAAUUGCAUUAGUCUCCAGUAGGUGGCAGCAAUGGCAGCACAAUUUGACAUAUA